CUCCGCCGCGGCUGGUCCUCUUCGUCAAAAACAAAAGAAAUCCACGGGAUUUCAGCAUUGAACGCAACUGCGCGAAUCUGGUACGCGGCGACAGCUCGGGAAUCGGCGAUUAACUACGAGCGCCGCCCUGCGCCAGCCAAGAAACCGGAUCCCGAGCCAAGAAUCCCACCCCCGGCGAUGGCGGCGUCCGGCGGCGAGGAGCGGGACCGGUCUCGGCCGGUGGUGCUGGUGACGGGGUGCUCGGACGGCGGCAUCGGCCACGCGAUGGCGCGCGCCUUCGCGGCGGCCGGGUGCGCUGUCGUGGCCACGGCGCGGUCGCGCGGCUCCAUGCGCGACCUCCAGGGCGACCCGCGGUUCCUGCUGCUGGAGCUCGACGUGCGGUCCGACGAGAGCGCGCGCGCCGCCGUCGCGGACGCGCUGCGGGAGCACGGCCGCAUCGACGUGCUCGUCAACAACGCCGGGGUCCACCUCGUCGCGCCGCUCGCCGAGGUGCCCAUGGAUUCCUUCCACCAGGUCUUCGACACCAAUGUCUAUGGUGCAAUGAGGAUGAUUCAAGCUGUUAUUCCUCACAUGAUGGAGACAAGAAAAGGUACAAUUGUGAAUGUUGGAAGUAUUGCUGCUAUGGCACCUGGACCAUGGGCUGGUGUGUAUUCAGCAUCAAAAGCUGCUCUUCAUGCAUUGAGUGACUCACUAAGGGUUGAACUAAAAAGCUUCGGCAUAAAUGUGAUGAUUGUUGCCCCUGGAGGAACAAAGUCGAAUCUUGGGGAUAAGUCUGCAGCGAAGUAUGAUCAAAUGCAUGAGUGGAAGUACUACAAGAAGUAUGAGGAAUCACUCCGAGCCAGGACUGACGUCUCCCAGGGCCCUGGGUCUACUCCAGCAUCAGAGCUUGCAAAGAAGGUGGUUGCAUUGGCUCUGAAGAAGAAUCCUCCAGCUUUCUUCGCUUACGGCCAGUUCACUGCUGUUCUGUCCACGUUGUAUUACGCGCCACUUUGCCUUAGAGAUUACUUCUACAGGCUGGUCAUGAAAUGCUAGUGCCUGGAAGUAUAGGAUGGUUGUACUUGUACAUUGCGGCUCAGGCCCGGUUCAGUUCGUAGUACUCGUAUCCUAAUUACCAUAUUUAUAGGGUAUUUGUAACCACAAAAGUUCAUACACAUUGAUAUGGACAGCUCUAAUUUUUUCCUUGGUCGCGAGUGAAAAGUUCAUGGUUGUGACACAUUGAUAUUGUAGCUGCACAAGUAGCUGAUAUCCUUUGGUUGUCUGGUGCUUUGCUAAUAUUCUUGAAUUUCUCUUCCU